AUGGGGAGGACCUGGAGAAGCCCGAGCGACCUGGACAGACGCUGUUCCACAAGAGAAGAAGGGGUAGAAGUAGGGAGGAAGAGGAGUGCCAGCCGUGCCAGCCGUGGAAGGUUCAGCGAGUCCUGGAAGAGAAUAAGUUCCAGACAAGGAUCUACCAAGCGAUCUGGACUGGGGUCUCAGCAGCCCACGGCCCAGAAAUCAUGGAUCGAAAGAGUAUUUCACAAGAGAGAAUGUGUGCACAUUAUACCCAGCACCAAAGACCCCCAUAGGUGUUGUUGUGGGCGGCUCAUAGGCCAGCAUGUUGGGCUGACUCCAAGUAUAUCAAUCAUCCAAAAUGAGAAGAAUGAAGGCAGACUGGGUCGUAAUGAUGUUCAGUCAGAGAAGUGGUCAGUCGGAAAACAUACACAGCUGAGCCCCACUGACGCCUUUGGCACUAUUGAAUUCCAAGGAGGGGGGCACUCCAAUAAGGCCAUGUAUGUGCGUGUUUCGUUUGACACCAAGCCUGACCUGCUGCUGCAUCUCAUGACGAAAGAGUGGCAGCUAGAACUGCCAAAACUUCUCAUAUCUGUUCACGGAGGCCUCCAAAACUUUGAGCUCCAGCCAAAACUGAAACAGGUCUUUGGGAAAGGCCUAAUCAAAGCUGCCAUGACAACAGGAGCUUGGAUAUUCACUGGUGGAGUCAACACUGGUGUCAUUCGCCAUGUUGGUGAUGCUCUAAAAGAUCACGCUUCCAAGUCUAGAGGAAAGAUUUGCACAAUUGGUAUUGCACCUUGGGGAAUCGUAGAAAAUCAAGAGGAUCUUAUUGGCAAAGAUGUGGUGCGACCGUAUCAAACCAUGUCUAACCCCAUGAGUAAACUGACAGUACUUAACAGUAUGCACUCUCAUUUCAUUCUUGCUGAUAAUGGGACCACUGGCAAGUAUGGAGCCGAAGUCAAAUUAAGGAGGCAAUUGGAAAAGCACAUAUCUCUGCAGAAAAUUAAUACAAGAAUUGGUCAAGGAGUCCCGGUGGUGGCUCUUAUUGUGGAAGGUGGGCCGAAUGUGAUAUCGAUUGUCCUGGAAUAUCUUCGUGACAGCCCACCGGUCCCUGUUGUGGUGUGUGAUGGAAGCGGACGUGCAUCUGAUAUCCUUGCCUUUGGUCAUAAAUAUUCAGAAGAAGGAGGCCUUAUCAAUGAAUCAUUAAGGGACCAACUCCUAGUUACUAUCCAGAAGACCUUCACCUAUACACGAACCCAAGCCCAGCAUCUUUUUAUGAUCCUUAUGGAGUGUAUGAAAAAAAAGGAGCUGAUUACAGUGUUCAGGAUGGGAUCCGAAGGUCAUCAAGAUAUUGAUUUAGCAAUUCUCACUGCUUUGCUAAAAGGUGCAAAUGCCUCCGCUCCUGAUCAACUGAGUCUGGCAUUGGCUUGGAACAGAGUGGACAUCGCUCGGAGUCAGAUCUUCAUUUAUGGACAACAAUGGCCGGUUGGGUCCUUGGAGCAAGCAAUGUUGGAUGCCCUGGUACUGGAUAGAGUGGAUUUUGUGAAAUUACUUAUUGAAAAUGGAGUUAGUAUGCACCGUUUCCUCACCCUCUCAAGAUUGGAGGAGCUGUACAAUACGAGACAUGGACCAUCAAAUACAUUAUACCAUUUGGUCAGGGAUGUCAAAAAGCGAGAAUAUCCAGGUUUCGGCUGGAUCUAUUUUAAGGGAAAUCUACCUCCAGAUUACAGGAUAAGCCUGAUUGAUAUUGGUCUUGUUAUUGAGUACCUCAUGAGUGGAGCUUACCGUUGCAAUUACACCAGAAAAAGAUUUCGAACUCUUUAUCACAAUUUAUUUGGACCCAAAAGGCCAAAAGCAAUGAAACUAUUAGGAAUGGAGGAUGAUAUCCCAAUGAGGAGAGGAAGAAAUACUACAAAGAAGAAGGAAGAAGAGGUGGACAUAGAUCUAGAUGACCCUGAAAUAAAUCAUUUCGCUUUCCCCUUUCAUGAGCUUAUGGUAUGGGCAGUUCUAAUGAAAAGACAGAAGAUGGCUUUGUUCUUCUGGCAACAUGGAGAGGAGGCAAUGGCUAAGGCUCUUGUGGCUUGCAAGCUCUGCAAGGCAAUGGCACAUGAAGCUUCUGAAAAUGACAUGGUUGAUGACAUUUCACAGGAACUCAAUCACAACUCCAGGGAGUUUGCGCAGCUGGCCGUUGAGUUAUUGGACCAGUCAUACAAGCAGGAUGAGCAGUUGGCAAUGAAACUAUUGACCUACGAGCUGAAGAACUGGAGCAACGCCACUUGCCUGCAGCUUGCCGUAGCAGCCAAGCACCGGGACUUCAUUGCUCACACAUGCAGCCAAAUGCUUCUGACAGAUAUGUGGAUGGGUAGACUGCGAAUGCGUAAAAAUUCUGGUCUAAAGGUGAUUCUAGGACUUCUUCUCCCUCCUUCAAUUCUUAGCUUAGAGUUCAAAAACAAAGAUGAGAUGCCAUAUAUGUCCCAAGCAAAUGAAUUGGAACUGCAAGAAAAGGAAGUGGAAGAACCAGACAAGACCGUAAAAGAGAAAGAAGAUGAUGAUAUGGAGCUAACGGCAAUGUUGGCCAGAGGUAAUGGGGAUUCAUCCAGAAAGAAGGAUGAUGAUGAGCAUCCAAGACAUCGGCUUAUACCCCUAGGAAGGAAGAUCUAUGAAUUUUACAAUGCACCUAUAGUUAAAUUCUGGUUUUAUACAAUUGCUUACAUGAGUUAUCUUAUGCUCUUCAAUUAUAUUGUAUUAGUAAAAAUGGAUCGCUGGCCUUCAACACAGGAGUGGAUUGUUAUAUCGUACAUCUUUACACUGGGAAUAGAAAAAGUGAGAGAGAUCUUAAUGUCUGAACCAGGGAAGUUAUUACAGAAGUUUAAGGUUUGGCUGCAGGAAUACUGGAAUGUGACAGAUCUCAUCUCCAUCCUUCUCUUCUCUAUUGGAAUGGUGUUUCGCUUACAAGAGCAACCUUACAGCAGCUAUGGGCGAGUGAUAUACUGUGUAAACAUCAUCUACUGGUAUAUACGCUUGCUUGAUAUCUUUGGUGUCAACAAGUAUCUUGGACCAUAUGUUAUGAUGAUUGGCAAAAUGAUGAUCGACAUGAUGUACUUUGUGAUCAUUAUGUUAGUGGUGCUGAUGAGUUUUGGUGUGGCAAGGCAAGCCAUUCUCUUCCCCAGUGAGGAGGCCUCAUGGAAACUGGCAAAGAACAUUUUUUACAUGCCCUACUGGAUGAUCUAUGGUGAAGUGUUUGCUGACCAGAUAGACCCACCCUGUGGAUACAAUGAGACAACAGAAGAUGGCAAAUUAGUGCAGCAUCCCCCAUGCAAGACUGGAGCAUGGAUAGUGCCAGCAAUCAUGGCAUGUUACCUCUUAGUUGCUAAUAUUCUUCUGGUAAACCUCCUGAUAGCAGUGUUCAACAACACAUUCUUUGAAGUCAAGUCGAUAUCAAACCAAGUUUGGAAGUUCCAGCGAUACCAGUUGAUAAUGACAUUUCAUGAAAGGCCUGUCUUGCCUCCUCCUUUGAUUAUUUUUAGCCAUUUCACUAUGAUAUGUAAGCACCUGUGCUGUCGUUGGAGAAAACAUGAAAGUGACCAAGAAGAAAGAGACUAUGGAUUAAAGUUAUUUAUAACAGAAGAUGAACUAAAAAAAGUACAUGAUUUUGAAGAACAGUGUAUAGAAGAGUAUUUCCGAGAAAAAGAUGACAGGUUUAACUCUUCUAAUGAUGAAAGAAUUAGAGUCACGGCAGAAAGAGUGGAAAAUAUGGCUAUGCGCCUUGAAGAGGUCAAUGAAAGGGAACAUUUCAUGAAGGCAUCUCUUCAAACAGUAGAUAUAAGACUUGCUCAGCUUGAGGAGAUGCUGGGAAGAAUGACUACAGCACUAGAAAAACUCACAGGAGUGGAAAGAGUAGAGAACAAUAAAACAAGGUCUAGAACCUCCUCAGAUUGUACUGAUGCUGCUUAUAUAGUUAGACAAAGCAGCUUUAAUAGUCAAGAAGGCAAUGCCUAUAAACUGCAUGAAAUUAUAGACCCUGUUGGUGAAGAACCAUUGUCCCCCACAUCACCCACCCUUAUGCCUCGAAUGAGAAGUCAGUCAUUUUAUGCAACAAAUUUAAAGGACAGAAACGGGUUAGAAAAAUUUGAUGGUUUCUUUAAGGAAAAUACUUUAAGCCUACACCGUGCGAUAAGCUCCCACUCUAUAUCUAAGGAUAUAAAACCUCCCCCUUCCCCACUAAAUUCUUUGUCAGUAGCUCCAGACUCAAGGAGGCCCUCUUCUUGCAUAGACAUAUAUGUUUCAGCUAUGGAUGAGGCACAGUUUGGCAUAGACUGUGGAGAAAGCUCAAUGAAUGUAGGCUGCAGUGAUCACUUGGCAGAUUCAGCUUUUAUAAGUCGGGGCUGUAGUUCUUCCACUCACUGUGGGGGGAAAGGCUGCAGCAGAAAUCCUAGUUAUGAGGAAGGCACAACAACAGACACCCUUGGAUAUCUUUCAGAAAACACAAGUAUGCCACGUGGCCAAAAUCCCUGGGAUACAGACCCCCCAAUGUAUCAUACACUAGAACGUUCUAAGAGCAGUCGCUUUCUAGCUACAGCUCCUUUCAUCCUAGAAGAAACGCCUAUAGUAAAAUCACAGAGUUUUAUAUUUUCUCCCUCUAGAAGUUAUUAUAGCAAUCUUGGUGUAGCAGUAAAGACUGCAGAAUAUACAAGCAUAACAGACUGUAUAGAUACCAGGUGUGUUAACAAUACACCCCAAGCAACUGCUGAAAGGUCCACAUCUCCAGGCUUUGUUCGAGAAAAAGUAGAAGACCUUAGCUGCUGCCAUCCAGAGAGAGAAGCUGAACUUAGUCAUCCAAGCUCAGACAAUGAGGAUCCUGGUGCAGAUGGUAAAAACAAAUGCUCAGCUUCCCAAGAAAGUUCAUCAUCAAGAACGAUCUUCAACAAUUUAACAUUCCCAAAGAUUGAAAGAGCAAACAGUUACUCUGCAGAAGAACCCAGCACAAUGUACGGGCACACAAAGAAGAGCUAUUCAAUAAGUGAUAAACUUGAUAGCCAGCGUACUUCUUCAAGCCUUAGAAAUCCAUUCCAAAGGAGUAAGUCAUCCAGGCCUGAAAGUAGAGGAGACACUAUGUCUAUGCGUCGACUUUCAAGAACGGGAACCUUUCGUAGUUUUGAAAGUAAACACAAGAUCUAAAACUAUUUUGUAUAUAUUGAAAAGGGAAAAUAUGUAAAAGUUGCCCACCCACAAUAUUUUCUAUCACCAUACAGUGACCUCACCACGUGAAUCAUUAACUUAAAAACCCACCACUGAAACAUUCCAAGCAAUCACUGUACUAAACCUGUCCAAAAAUUACUUUCAGUAUAAUUUUCAGUAUAAUAAUAUUCUUACAUAAUGGUCGAGUCUGCAAUAUAAUGUGAUUCAUAUGCAUCGUACAGACAUUUAAGCCUCUUUUCCAAGGGUUUUUAUGAACGUGUCUCAGUUGAAAUGUCAAUUUCACAAAAUGGUUUAUCUCCCUUGUUUCUUGGGGUAAGUUAAGAAAUUUGCACAGCACAGAGGGACCUGAACAUUGAAGCACAUGUAUAAUGUACUUGAUAUGUCCUGUGUUUUACUCUCUGUUAAUAAGCCUCUUUUGUCCUGUUUAGUGUAUUCCACAACAGGAGCUCUCAGGUCUGAAUCCUGUCCUGCCAACAACACUUCAGUUGAUCAUGUCCGAAGAGCAAACAUGACAACAUAAUUGCAGCAUGAUUAAUGGCCUGCCUGUUCUGUAUUAGCUUCCAGUGCCACAUGACAGUUCUGUUUUUUCCAAAA